UCAAAUCAGUAGUUAAAUUUAUAUAUGGUGGCCUUCAUUUGGCCAAACUGAAAAGUGUACUAGUGUAUCGCGUGUGUCAUGACAUGUUAAAUCGAAAUGCGCGGCGUAACGAAUAAAGUAGGUAGUUGUAAUGAGCUAAUGUAUCUAAGAGGGGUGCUGUAUAUCGGAGGAAUGGUGAGAAGUGAGCUGAGAAAAUUUUACUGACUGGAAAGUUCAAUCAGUCCAUUUUUUUCGUUACGCUUUCUACAAGUUCCUAACAACCGAGGUAAUCGUCCGGAGGAUUAUAAAGAGAACGUAUCGUGAGAACGCAAGGAAGGAGAAUUCUCUAGAGAGUUUUAAUUCUGUCGGUGUCAGCAUUAGUACGAGAAUGGUCAGGUAUAAAGAGAAAUUGCGACUUAUAAGCACAAGAGAAGGCACAGCUUCAAUUUGAAGAAACGUGAGCGUGGAUAUUUUUUUUUGAGGUCAUAGGUAGAAGAUGACCUGCGCCAGUGUAUAAAAACUAAAACAUUAAGUCAUUGUAAUCAAAUUAUUUCGGAUUUUCUGACCACAGAAGGUGUUACUUAAUGCUUUCUAAAUACGAACGCAUGCUUUCCUAUCAUGAAAGCGAUAACAUGUUAACACGCUUCGGCUGAGUGUUCUGAACAUUCUAUUAAUUCGCUACCAAUGAAUGAGCCGCUAAACUUGGCCUGGAUUCGGACGCAGUCGAUCAAUGGACAGAAUGAACUUUCUAGCACAGGACACAGAGUCUUUCCGCAACAGUCGUCGACCUUCUUUUGUAUAUAAGGCUUUGGGUGUACAAGGAUACAAUAGAGUUAUUCACCGAUGACCUGAAAUUCUCAAGUAUUGCAAAACCCUUGAAAGUAGCAGAUGAACAUGAAGAUGGCUACAGCGUAUUUACGGAUUCUUGUCGCCUCAUUAGUGAGCGCACGGCUAGGACAAAGCAUAACGGAAAUCAAGUUGACCAGUCCAGAAAACAUUCUUCGACAAAAGACUUACCCGAUUUUGUCAAGCAUUGUGAAAGCCGGAGGUCAUCGUGCUUUAGAGGAAUGUCGAAAACUUUUCAGGAAUGAGAUCUGGAAUUGCACAUUAGAUAACAAACACGUGAUUAAAGAACUGCCAAUCUUUGUUAAAACCACUCUGCCAUAUGCCACUCGUGAGACAGCGUUUAUCCACGCUAUUAGUACAGCGGCUAUCAUCCACGAGAUCACGCUCCAGUGCCGACAGGGUAAAAUACCCGGAUGUGGAUGCGCCGUGAAGAAACAACGAAGCGGAAACGGUGACUGGCAGUGGGGCGGAUGUGGAGAUAACAUCCGGUUUGGAGAGAAGGAGACGAGUCGCUUUAUCAACAUCCUGGAAAACGGGUACAAUGCGCGGACGGCUUUUAACUUGCACAACAAUGAAAUAGGAAGAAAGGUUGUUCGAUUAAGCCUGAAGAGAGAGUGUAAAUGCCAUGGAGUGACUGGAAGUUGUAAUUUGAAAACUUGUUGGAGGCAACUGGCGCCGUUUGAAGUCAUUGGAACAAAGUUGAAGCUAAAGUACCGCAAUGCCUUGCAAGUGACGUUCGUGAAAAACAAGCUUAAAGAACAAAGUAACCUAAGCGAGAAAAAGAAAGAGAAAAAACUAGUUUACCUCGACUCCUCCCCAGACUACUGCGUACGUAACGACACCGUGGGAUCUCCGGGAAUGCUGGGAAGAAUAUGUAGUAGCGAUGACGUCACCACAACCAAAUGUCGGAUGCUAUGUAACUCUUGCGGACUGAAACAUCUCACAAUCGAACAAGUUAAACAGGUUAAGUGCCGGUGUAGGUUUGUGUGGUGCUGUAGCGUGGAAUGUGAUACGUGCACCAAGAAGUAUUCUGCGACAACUUGCACCACGUAAUUCGAGAAGAAAAAUCUCCUCACCAGCCAUUAUUUGAAUUGUCACGCAAUAUAGGAAUGUCCUGUAACGUCAUGAAGUGUCACCCAAGUAACAGCUGCGAAUUAGAGGCUAGUCAAAAAGUCCUACGUCCGAAAUCUCAGGAGCAAAGAGCAUAGAUCAUUCAAGGAAGAAACGAAUAUAGAAAUGAGAGCCUGUGAUUACAACAAAACGAAUCCAAAAUAUAAGUUUAGCAGUGCUAGAGGAUGUUAUUUUACAGAAUGCCCAUCACGGGGUGUGACUACUAUCAUUUGUGGUAAGGGGAUAAUUUACCUUUUAUGUAAACUUCAAGCUUAUAAUCGACUAAGUUUCUUACUGUCACGGCAAUACAGCACAGCAGGUUUUGUAAGAAACUAAUACUUUUGAAUAUCUUCAGUACUGUGGACUAAUUUAGUCUCAUUUUCUAAGUUGCCAAUUCCAAUUCCGAGGGGGGAGCUGAGAGGAACCCUGUGAUAUUACUGCCAUUCAAAAUGCAUUUUUGUUUUGGAAUUUCACUUUUGUUGCUGUCUACAUCAAUCUUCCUUUUCAUUCAAUAAAAUGGCAACGUUGACCAUUAACGUUUUUUCGUUAAUCUUUCAUUUGAUAGCUUAAUUUCAACUAAACCAUUACAAAAUUCAUAUCACAGACGAGAUCGGCUCCUGCUUGGUGCAGAGAAAACAGUAUACGUCACAAACCUAUUGUUUCGUCGUUCUUUUGUCCUUUUGUUCUCUAUUGUUUUACGUCAGCUGUGCCUUAUACACCAAGUAAGGGCCGCGAGUUCACAGUUCUUUGCACGUUCUUGGAAUGGGUCUUUUAUUUGUGCCUUUUAAAUAUACCAUCAAAGUUCUUGUUA